AAUCUGUGUUUGCACUUGUUCACAACGUCGCGAAAAUGGCUGCUUCUGUAAUUCGUUCGCAAGUGCACGAUAUUGAAAAAAAUAAAAUGCAGUAUUCAAAAGUCAGUUUAUCGUUAGAAAAUUGUAUUCUACCAUCUGAAAAGCUUUCUCCAACACCGUCGCAAUUAGAUGGCUUGGACCCAGAUGCUGAGGCAGAAUUGCGAAUACUUGGAUGCGAGUUGAUUCAAACGUCGGGUAUAUUAUUACGAUUACCUCAGGUGGCCAUGGCAACUGGUCAAGUUUUAUUUCAAAGGUUCUUCUAUUCUAAAUCCUUUGUACGUCAACCAAUGGAGGCGGUUGCAAUGGCUUGCAUUACUUUGGCAUCCAAAAUUGAAGAAGCGCCACGUAGAAUUCGAGAUGUAAUAAAUGUUUUUCACCAUAUUAGGCAAGUGAGGUCUGGAAAAACAAUCCACCCACUUAUUCUGGAUCAAAAUUACAUUAACUUGAAAAACCAAGUUAUAAAAGCUGAAAGAAGGGUUCUGAAAGAACUUGGCUUCUGCGUACAUGUGAAACAUCCUCAUAAGAUUAUUGUUACAUUGUUGGAGGUUCUGAAAGUUAAGAAUAGAAAGUUAAUGCAGACUGCAUGGAAUUAUAUGAAUGACAGUUUGAGAACAGAAGUAUUUGUUAGAUAUUCUCCUGAAACUAUUGCUUGUGCUUGCAUUAAUCUAAGUGCAAAGCUUUUACAAAUUCCUCUACCUAACAAACCAGCAUGGUAUUUAGUCUUCGAUGUUUCAGAACAAGAUAUCGAAGAAAUCAGCCAAAUAAUUUUGUCUUUAUAUACAAGGAAAAAGCCUGAUCCGGAAAGAUUAGAAAAAAUAGUUGAAGAGCUUAAGGCUAAUCACCUGGAAGCCAAGUUGAAAGCCAAAGGAAUCGUUGUAAAUAAUAACCAGGUCACUUCGUCGCCAUCUCAACCGACUUCACCCAAAAAUGGAGUCAAGUCUCCCGAGAGUGAUGGGAAGAAAGAUAGGAAUGAAAAGCACAAUGAUGUUAGUCCUAAAUUUCAUAAAGAAACAAACCACAGAAAGCGCAGAAGUGCUUCUCCAUCAGAAGAUGGUUACCAAAGUCCAGAUUCAAAGAAACGAAUCAAGUCCAGUUCCUCUGGUAGUGCUAGCAGUCACAGCCCAAGUCCAAAGCGUAAAACUAAAACACCCCCAAGAGGUUUCAAAGACUCUCUUCGUUCACGAUCUCGGUCCAGAUCCAAAACAAGGAACAACAAGAAACCUAAACAUCGCUCAUCACAUAAGAGGAAACAUAGUCGCAGUCCUACGCCAACUUAUUCCCCAUCUCGCCAUUCGAAUAAGAAGUCCUAUAAAAACAAACAUUCCGACAAAUCGCACCGUGUAAGAUCUCGCUCAAGGUCUCAAGAACGCAAUCAUUAUUCUAACUCUCUACAUGAAAAAUCAUCGCAUAAAUCUCGAAGAGACAGAGAAAAAGAAAGUUAUCAUUCACGUGAUAAGAAAAGGAGAUAACUUCGUAUUGCAUUCUUAUAUAUAUGUAAAUAAGAGAAAAUUCAAAUAUACAAAUUUCCAAAAUAUCAUUGUAGAUUAUUGAAUAUGAGUGAGAAAGGUCAGUCUAUCAUUUUCAUUUUUUUCUAAUUUUGUAUGUUUGUGGUCUUUUAAUUUAUUUUGCAUACUAAAAGUGCAAUCUUUGUUCUCAGGUUUACUUAAAUAUACAAUUCCAGUUUUUAAUUGUUCUGAAUGAUUUAAAUCAGUAUAAUUGUAGAUUAUAUGAAAUAUUUUUUCAACCCAACAAUAUUUUCCCACAUAUUUUCUAUAAUUAUUAUUGGAAAUAUUUUUUUCUUUGACUUCAAUAAAAACUUCAAAUUUAUAAAAUUAAUGGAUUUUAAUUUCACUCACUUUAGAUUUUGUUUAAUCAACUGGUCAUUUUGCCAAAGUCAUUUGAAAUAACUUUUUGCUAUGAUUCUUCACUGCAUUUUUCAGUUAACUUAAAGUAAGAAACAAUAAUUUGAUAUUUAAUUAUAUGGCGUAUGCACCAUAUUCUUGUAAUUUGUUUAUCUUCAUUGCAUUUUGCAAUUGGUUAACUUAUAAUAUUGUGUAUUUAUUUAUACAUGGGCAAAAGCAUUGUUUUUUGUGGUUGAUUGACUUGUUAAUAAUAAUGAGAUCUGUAAUGGCUCUGUUGAUUUAGUUAAAUCUAUCUGUUUAAGGUCUAAGAAUAUUUAAUUUCAACACAUUUAAAAUAUAAUUCUGGAAAAUAAAAAUGAGUAAAUUAGCUAUCCUGUGGACAUGUCAGACGUGUUAUGAGCAAGUAUUAUGAUAUGUUUUAGUAAUUGAUUUACUAAUCUUAGAUCAGAGUUUUUUUUUGAUAAUAUUAGAUAUUCUUUAUUCUACUGAUUUAUGUUGACUUUGUGGAUUAUUGUAUUUUUACCUUUACUGUUAAGGUGACCACUAUACCUGAUUGAAUAUCAAAAUUGUCAUUAGUCAACAUAUUUUUAAAAAAAUGAUAUUCUAAAAAAAUAAUAAUAAAUAAAUAAAAGAAUACACAAGAACGUGUUUUUGGCUCUCAAUAGAUAAUGGUUUUUGGAAAUUUGCUUAUUUUUGACUAAAUUGUAAUGUGUUAUUUACGAUAAUUAUUUUAUCUUAGAAAAAAUUGAAGUCAGGUGAAAAGCAAGUGCCCUGCUCGUUCUUACUUAUCAGUAUUGAUUAGUAGGAUUUAAAGAAAUUCUAAGAAUAAAAUAAAUAAAAAUUUAAAAACUGAAACAAAAAAAAUAUAAAAAUUAUAAAAUAUAAAAAAAAUACAAAAUUUUGAAAAUAAAACAAAAAAAUUUAAAAAAAAUAAAACAAAAAAAAAUUACUAAAAUUAAAAAAAUAUAUAUAACAAAAAAAUUAUA